AUGCGCCUCGUGUUUGAAUCCCCGAAAUUUGGGGCGCAUGCGGAAAAGCCCACCCACAUGUCGCAAUUUGUAAAUCCUACUUCUGUCUCUUCCGAGGCAAGGAGAGCCACACAAGGCUCAACGGGCGAUUCUACCCUCAUAUCCAUCUCGACGAGGUUCAAUCUUGAAUCCCCAGAUAUACAAGACUCAGACUUAGUUCUGGUGGCAAAAGACAACGUCUAUUUCUACGCCCAUAAGAGCAUCCUUCUCCUAGAUUCGUCAAAUCGUUUUGGGUCUCUGAUUCCGCUUGGUACGAACGAAACCCAAUCUCAAGGCAUUGAUCACACAUCUGAAGUCUUGAAUGUCGUUCUUCACGCUAUCUACAAAUUUUCAGUCGAAGGCUACCGCCCAUCUCCUGCCACACUACGAAAAAGCACUCAUGCUUUAUCAUCAUUAGGCUACAACCUCAGUUAUGUGUACGCUCCUCACUCCGAGCUUUUCAUGCUUUUCUUACAGGCAGGGGUUGCUGAGCCUCUUGAGAUGUAUGCGCUGGCUGCACAAUAUGCGCUCGAAGAUCUUGCUGUGGCGGUCAGCACAUUUACUCUAUCUGUAUCUCCGAGCGAAAUAACCGAUGAGCUUUCCGUGCAAAUGGGGCCCAUUUAUUUGAGACGUCUCUUUUUCCUUCACCUUGGCCGUGCCGAUGCCCUCAAGCGCCUACUAUACCCCCCGCCUAUUCCUCAUACUUCUUCCCCAGAACCGAACUGUGGGCCCGAAACUCACAACGCUGUCUCAAGAAUAUGGGCAUUAGCCUGUGCAACAGUGGUGGUUGAAAACAACCCCAAUAAUUUGGCCUCAAUCUUUGCCCCCCUGAGCGCUCAACUACAGUGUCCAAGAUGUCGCCAAACUCUGCAAGAGAGGGUUGCAACUCUGAUCAACGACUGGGGAUCAAUUAAAUGUACUAUAUAG